AUGCUCGAGUUCCCAUAUUCCAACUUGACAUAUCAGAUACUACAUGCCGCUUCCAAGGGCAAAUAUGCCGUCGGGGCCUACAAUUGUUACAAUGACGACGGCGUUAUAGCAGUCAUCCGCGCCGCAGAGAGGAGAAAAUCACCCGCCAUCAUUCAAUUGUUCCCAUGGACUCUGCAUUUCCAAGGUCCCGAGUUCGUCAGAUACGUGGUGCGCGCUGCGCACGCUGCAUCAGUGCCUGUUGCGGUACACCUCGAUCACUGCAUCAAACAAGAGGACAUAGACUUGGCGCUGACGCUCCCGUUUGACUCGAUAAUGAUCGACGCGUCCACUCUGGACGAGGCUGAUAACGUAGCACUGUGUGCUGAAAUCAUCCAACGAGCCUGCAAAGCCGGCAUCACGGUAGAGGUCGAGACAGGCCGAAUAGAAGGUGGUGAGGACGGUUUACCCAACGUGGACCUAGGCACUAUCUACACCGACCCACAGAAGGCGAGGGAGUUCAUAUCGAGAGCAGGCGCUCAUUUCCUGGCCCCCAGCUUCGGCAAUAUCCACGGUGGUUAUCCUCCCGGAGGCGCCGAGAAGUCGUGGGAUUUGGCCUUACUGGAAUCUAUCCGGCACGCUGUGACUGAUGCCGUACCCAUUGCUCUUCAUGGCACGCAUCCGGUUUCAGAUGAGUUGUUCUUAAAAGCCAUCGCGUGUGGAGUGAGCAAGAUCAACGUCAAUCGCACCGUGCGCGACGAGUAUACGAAUUUCGUGGCGGAGAGUUAUGGGAAACUAGAGCUCACCACCUUGAAGGUCCAAGGUGCAGAGAUCUACACAAAGUCGGUGGAGCGAAUUAUGGAUCUUUUCGGUUCCUCGGGCAAGCAGUAUGAUGUGGCAUCGUUGCUGGCGUCUCUAAAUUAG